GACGGCUCGCCAGAGGUCAUACGAGAUUGCGCCGUGCACGACUGGCUGAUGCGAUGUUUCAACUCGGAGACGGUGGGCAGCAGGACUCCUGUCGCUAGCAUGAGCGACGAGUCCGGUGCGCUGGACACCGCGAUCGAGUCUUUCGCUGACGCGCAGGAGCCAGAGGGAGUCCUUGUGCCUCGCAGGAACGAGAUCCUCUGCCUGGAGAACAAGCAGAGCCGCAUCAUCGUGCAGUGGCUCAACGACGAGUCCCUGGGGCGCGAGGAGCGCAUCGGCGUGCGGGAGGCCCGCAUCCGGGCGGACUCGGACUGGGACGUGCAGCGCAGGCGAGUGGCCCAGACGCGCUGGUCGUCGCUGAGCACCCACGAG